GUCCAAAGGCGACAUCACACACGAAGCACUCCCCUGCACCUGGGAUCGAAAAAGGCAUACAACCCUACAGAAAAGGUCAACAGAAUGUCGGCACGGAGGCUCCAGAGGCUGUCUCUUACCACUUCGAGUGGUCUGAGAUCAGCUCGCACAUCCUCGUCUACAGCAUUGUUAAGGCAGCAGCUACAUAGCCAGAGACCCAGGACAGACAUGCCCAGCAUCGUCAGGAUGAACUCUACCCUCGCAACCUUCAAAGUCCCUACAGUGGCCAACGAGCCCAAUCAACACUAUGCCAAAGGCUCAGAAUCAAGACAUAAGCUCACGGAAGCUUAUGCCGCGCUUUCAGAGAAUCUCCCUGUCGACGUCCCCAUUAUUAUCCGCGGGAGGACGCUUAGCAAAGCAGACACCAAGUACCAGGUGAACCCGGCCGAUCACAAACAAAAAAUAGCCAAAUAUGCCGUGGCAACCCCCGAAAUGGUCAACUUGGCCAUCAAUGCCGCCCUGAACGCAAAGCCGGCAUGGGAAAGCUUGCCCUUCGCUGACAGAGCGGCAGUCUUCCUCAAGGCAGCCGAUCUGAUCAGCACCAAGUAUCGCUACGAGUUGAUGGCCGGCACAAUGUUGGGCCAAGGCAAGAACGCCUGGCAGGCCGAAAUCGAUGCCGCUGCCGAGCUCUGUGACUUUCUCCGCUUCAACGUCCAAUAUGCGGAGCAACUAUACGCUCAGCAACCGGAACAUAACUCCCCCGGUGUCUGGAACCGCGUCGAGUACAGGCCACUUGAGGGCUUUGUCUAUGCCGUCACCCCCUUCAACUUUACUGCCAUUGCGGGCAACCUUCCAGGCGUGGCAGCGCUGCUGGGCAAUGUUGUGGUCUGGAAGCCGAGCGAUCACGCGAUCCUCAGCAACUACAUCCUGUACAAGGCCCUCCUCGAAGCGGGACUCCCACCUGAUGUCAUUCAGUUCAUUCCCGGCGAUCCUGAGUUGGUGACAAAGGAAGUGCUCGCGCACAAGGACUUUGCCGCUCUUCACUACACAGGCAGCACCGCCGUCUUCCGCAAGCUCUAUGGCCAGAUUGGCGCUGGAGUUGCUGAGGGUAGGUAUCGGUCAUAUCCUCGUAUUGUUGGCGAAACCGGUGGCAAGAACUUCCACCUGAUUCACAAGUCUGCCGAUCUACGAAACGCUGUUGUCCAGACGGUCCGCGGUGCAUUCGAAUACCAGGGCCAGAAGUGCAGCGCCACUUCCCGACUGUACGUUGCCAAGUCGAUUUGGCCAGAUUUCCAGGAGCUUCUCGUCCAAGAAACGAAAAAGUUGAAUGUUGGCCCACCGACUGACUAUGGAAACUUCAUCGGCCCUGUCAUUCAUGCCGCCUCCUUCAAAAAGCUGAGCACGGCUAUUGACGAGGGGAAGAAAGAUCCAGACCUCCAGCUGAUUGCGGGAGGAGAAUACGACAGCUCGGUUGGCUACUACGUCAAGCCGACCAUCUUUGUGUCCAAGACGCCAGACCAUAAGCUCUUCUCGACGGAGCUGUUCGGACCCGUCUUGACGGUCUACGUCUAUGAUGACUACGUAGAUAGCACUACCUCUAUCUAUGAUAUCAUCGACGGAGCUACGGAAUAUGCACUGACGGGCUCAAUCUUUGCAAGUGACCGGGCCGUUAUCCGCCUCGCAGAGGAGAAACUCCGCAACACAGCAGGAAACUUCUACAUCAACUGCAAGAGCACGGGUGCUGUUGUAGGCCAACAGCCUUUUGGUGGCAGCCGAGCGAGCGGGACCAAUGACAAGGCCGGCAGCAUCAACCUCUUGAGUCGGUUUGUUAGCAUGAGAAGCAUCAAGGAGGAGUUCAACUCCACGACCACGGUGACAUAUCCCAGCAAUGAGGUCGAAUAGGACCUUAGUGAGAUUAUGGAGAGCACCGUAUGCUCCGACGAUAGUUGGGAGGAUUCCUUCCGGAGGACUCGCUCAGGAGGAGUUUUGAUGCAUCAAUC